GGAGAAGCUGAAGUAAUUGGGGAAGGUUCAACUCAAGUACACUUUGAAGCGUCAAGCAUGAAGUUGUGGACAACAGUUACAGUGCUAACAGAUGAUAUCGUUUCUAUUGAUGCUCCCAGAGAGACACUGACAAAUGUUCCCUUCCCCACUAAAGGAUAUAACUUCUCUGUGAAGAUCAGCGACAAGUUUAAGGCAUUUGGAAACACCAAGGGACUCCAGUAUGUCUGUAGAGUGGACCCUCCUUUUGUUGGGUAUUCAAAUCCAUGGAUUGAUCUUGAUACUGGUAACUCAUACUGCCUAUUCUUCCCUUACACACCGGAGCAUUUGGUUCGUUUCAAGUCCAAAGAGAUGAAACCAGAUAUAACUGUUUCCAUCAAUGCUUCACUGAGAAAAGCUGAUCAUGUGUCAGGAUCCGCAUCUGCUCUUUUUGUUGGAGGGUUUUCUGUUUUGGAGAUGGGCAAGGAUUCAGUCCAGUUGAAUCUGACUCCAGACUCUAACAAGACUAUUAUCACAAUUUUGGGGAGCACAGAUAUUGAAAUUUAUUGGCGUGACCAGGAUUUAUUACUCGUUACUCCCAUCCAUAAAAAAGGUUUUGGGAUCAGUGGGCGUGCAAAGUAUGAGGUGAGUGGUGACUAUGGUAGCAUCUAGGGAUGUCUGGGGGUCCUUCAUGUUGAGUUUUGGCAAGGAGGAGCUAUUGGUUUACGAAGUAGAGCAGAUUGAAGUGGUUUAGUAUGUGGAGAAACCGGCAAGGACGAGCUAGUGGGAUUGUGGAAUUGAGAAGAUUAGAGGUAAGGGUUGUAUUUUGAACUGUUGUGUGGCUACUAUGUGGGUUUUGAAGAAGCUAAUUCUUGUUUGGUGAAUUUCAUGUCGAUAACUUGGUGAUUCGGAAUUUACGAGGAGACUAUGGCCAAUUUUCCGGCAAGUGGCCGGAAUCCGGUGAAGUUUUCCGGCAAGUCGCUGGGAUCCGGCGAGAUUUCCAGCGAAGCAGUAGAUCCGGCAGAGAGUCGAGAAGGUAGUUUUUGAGCAUCCUUUCUAAUUUAAGUCGUAGUGCCUAAAAAGGAAAGUUCAGGUUAAUAUUGGAAAACUUGCUACGUUAGGAAAGUUUCUACUUUACAAAACUUUCUUUUUUUGGAAGCUUCCUAUUUAUGGAAUCACUGCCAUUAGUAAAUUUUUGGAAAUAAAUUGGUGGAUUGGAAGUCUAUGUUAUCAAUUUGGAUGUUGAAUGCUUAUUUUAGUUAUGGAUGCUUAUUUUAUUUAUGGAUGGUGCUUUUAAACCUAUAUUAUCAUAAUGUUUCAAUAUAGCAAUUGUGUAGUUUCAAACAAGCCAUGAUUACCAAUAUGUGUGAUUUCAGCUACAGAGGAUGGAUACAAACAUAACAAUAUCUAUUAUC